AACGGAGAGUGGCAGCCCUGACAAAGCCGACCGUUACGUAAGCCAAAUUUUAUACACGCUUCAAAGUUGGCUUCGAGUCGAAGUGCUAACUUUAGUUCAGAUAUAAACGAAUACUACAUUUUUGCUUAUUGCCGGUAAGUCCUUUAUAUUCUGUUUUAAUAGGAAAACUUACUAGUAAAAGUGAUUUUCUGUUGUUUGGUUGUGUUCGCUCACUCAGUGUGUCGAUGAAUGGCCCAAUUUAUAUGUUCGCAUUUUGCUCGACAAAUCGUCGUAUUUUUUACAUUUUUCAACAAGGUCUAUGAAGAGGCCUCCUAUAAAUAAAAUAUGAAAGAAUCUUCUUUGUUGACUCUUUUUUUAAUUAAACAUUGAUUCAUUAAACCGACUGUUCAAAAGUUUAUAUAGGCUAUAGCUACAGUUACGUAAACAUGAUGUGACGUGUAUGUAUAUGUUUCAAAAUGCGUAUUAUUAAAUUGUAACUUUGUGCGAAUUUAGAAUACGAUGAAAAUAUUCUCGAUAUUCGACACACUAAUUUUAUAGAAUUUUUUUGUGUUUAUGAAACGUUUAUGAAACAAUAUAAAUUAAUAACGUUAGUUAGACUUUCAAACUACGAAGGACUUUUCCAGUCUCGUCCGAUCCCCAUUUACCAAAUUAAUUUAAAAAAAAAAGAAGAAAAAAAGCUCGCUUCAUUGAUAUCUCUUCAACAAAUCAAAGGGAAUAUAAUAGACAUUUCCCCUUGUGAGUGAAAUUUUGAUCUCAACAAGUCUAGACAAAAAUUUCCCCACAGAUUGAAAGAGCAUCACAAAAUUAGUAAUAUUCCGAAGUUUCGUUGCGAAAUGUUGUAAAAUGCGGAUAAUAUAGCCUUGCGAAGUUUGCCGUUUUUCAGUCAUUUUGCAUUACAAACGGGAAAUUGAUACAGUAAUCAGCAGAUAUGAUGAUCAAACUGAUUAUCAAUUUCCCAUUUGUAAUACAAAAUGACUGAAAAACGGUAAACUUCGCAAGGCUAUAUUAUCCGCAUUUUACAACAUUUCGCAACGAAACUUCGGAAUAUUACUAAUUUUGUGAUGCUCUUUCAAGCUGUGAUGAAAUUUUUGUCCAGACUUGUCUAGAUCAAAAUUUCACUCAAAAGGGUAAAGGUCUAUUGGUUAUAGAAACAUGUCAAUCAAAGCAUAAUGCACUCAGUUAUUAAAUUUCAUACUUAUAAAACCACAACUCCAUCACCCUACUUAUUUUUAUCUGUGCCUAUAUAAAUUAGUGAAUUUAUUUUCAAUAUUUUCAGCUCAAGUAUGGCAGCCUUAAAAGUUGCAAGCAACUUUUCAAAAAUAUCAAUGGCACCUUGGUACAAGACUGUAAUGAUGUGUCGACCAAAGUUUUUUGACGUCCGACAUCGUUUUCUUAACGCUCACAUGGAUAUGAGGAUUGCAGUAAAAAAGAAUCUUGCUUUAACACAAUGGGAAAAUGCAUAUAAAACCUUGCUUGCAAAUAAUAUCAAAGUUGACCUUUUGGAACCUCACCCUGAUCUUCCUGAUAUGGUUUUCACUGCAAACGCAGGGAUCGUUCACGGUAACAAAGCAGUGGUUUCCAGUUUUGGAGCAGUGCCCCGUCAACCGGAAACACAUUACCAUAUUCCGUUUUUCAAAGAGCGAGGCUUCGAGGUUAUAAACCCAAUUGAUGACGGAGUCGAGAUAGAAGGCUGUGGUGAUUUUAUGCCCACGCACAACGGGGAGAACUUUUUCGUGGCCUAUGGAUUCCGUAGCUCAUUUAAAGCCUAUGCCUACCUGAAGGAUGUUCUGUCACUACCAAAAGAUCGGCUUCAUCACAUGAAAUUAAUGGAUCCAUAUUUCUACCAUAUUGACACAGCACUGAUGAGUCUAACCCAUGGACACCUGAUGUACUACCCUGGUGCAUUUGACAAAGAAUCUGAGGAAAAAAUCCUGGAUGUUGGAGGAGAUAAGACUAUUGCAAUCGGGAAAGAAGAUGCAAUGGAUUUUGCAUGCAAUUCUGUAAAUUUUGAGGAAAGUGGAGAACAUAUUAUUGUUGGAAACAAGUUCAGUGACAUACUUAAAGACAAAUUGACCAACUUUGGGUACAAGGUGAUUGAGACACCAUACCAACAGUUCCUAUUGGCUGGAGGAAGCAUUCGAUGUUCUGUACUGGAUAUUGGAAAAUCUGAUGAAAUGGCUAGUUGAACACUGGACUAUUAUUGCUCAUUAGUAAAUAAGGCCAAUUCAGAGUUUGAAUGAAGCAUCCCUGCAUCAGGACAAAUUACAGUUGAUAACAUGUAGCUGAGACUAGAAACAUUAAAAUGUGCAAAUGUUCAGCUGUUCAAAUGAUGAUUGAACAGUUGAAUAAUUGCUUGAAUAGAUGCAUACUAAUUAUAAUUCUUCCAGUACAUCUCAGCUUGGCUAAGUUAUAUAGUUCAAUUGCAAUUUGCCCUGCGCAGAAUACGUAAUUUGGAUGUUCAACUCUGAAUUGGCUUAUUUAAUUUUAACUUUUUAAUAUAUGUCUAAAUAUUGAAGGGGUAUUUAUAUGAAAGAUGCACAGUUGGAACUUUGUCAACAGCAUGACUAAUGGUAUUAUAACUAUAGCCCAGUACUUCUACUUGACGGAAUGAAACUUUUGCUAAGAAUGGAACUUUGCAAAACAACCAGUUGGUCAUAUUAAAGGCCACUAGUACUACGUGAAAAAACAAUUGGUGCUCUGUGAUGUACAUGGUCAGAUUUUCAAUUAGGCUAAAUGUCAAUAUUUGAGAAUCUUAGUUCAGAUAUACCUAAGUAUAAUAUAUAAAAGUUAGCUAAACAGGUGCCUUAUACUAUUAUACUAAUAUACAGUAAGUAAGCUAGUUGCAUAAUAGUUUGUACAGGAAACUACUAGGAUUUGUGUUUUUUAAUAUUCCUAAAGUUCAUGAGAAUAAAUAAAAUUUGUUUAUAUGCAUCUAUGAAUUCUGACCAAUAUUAUCUCACUGAUUCAUGCAUCUAGAUAUUUAUUCAUAUAGGAUUAUUGGUCCAUGCAGACAAAGGAUUAGCAUGUCCAUCAUACAGACAAAGGAUUAGCAUAUGUGAUGCAAUUGGACUACAUAUAGAAUCAUUUUAUAUAGUUAUGCUCACUUUAACCUUUCAAAUGGAUGAUUUAAUGACUGGAUUUACUGCCCUGCCAUAUAUUUCUGAGUACCGGUGGAUAUAUAUUAUAUAGCCUCUUCUAAUUUUGGUAUUGCUCCCCUGCAGCCGGUUUGUGUCACUGCUGGCAUGGCCACACACUAGUUAACACUGCAACCACAAGAUGCCUGAUGAGGAGCUUUGUUCUGAACUUCAGAUCGAGUCUUGUAUUUGAUCCAAUAGUUCACCAAAUUCACAUUACAUCUCCAAUUAGGACUCUUAUCUUACUCCACCUCUUUUGACUUUUUUGCAAUGUUUAAAUCCAUAAAUUUUACAUCCUGC